AUGGCGGCCCCCGACAAAACGCCUCUCUCCAACAGCUCGACCGGCGAAAGGGGGGCCCAGUCCAUCUACCCCGCUUCCCCACCCGCCGAGCCCACAGAACCCGUGCCGGCGCGAGGUCGGAAGUCGCCCUCAACACAGCCCAAAACUGCACCGAGCCAAGACCGGGCAUCAGACUCCUCGGCUCGCCCACCUUCCCUCCCACCUCCGUUGACGCCGCCUCCAGGUUCACCUCGGCGAACACUAUCUACUCUCCCGACGCCGCCCACCACAUCAGCCGCCGAUGACACCCAGGCCGCCGCAAUCCUCGCCUCGCUCUCCAAGAGGCGGCGACACCGUCCCUCUCUCUUCCGCUCGCACUCGAGUGACUCAUACGAUCCCGAUGCGGAGGCAGUGAAGAUUGCGAGCGAAGCUGAGGCGUGUCAGAUGUCGUAUCGACACAUCGAGAUCGAAGUCGAUGGGCGUGUGUUGCACACCGAGGCCGAAUUACCGCCCCUACCCAAAGUCAAAGUGGCCCACUAUGCGUGGGAGGUGAUGUACGAGAACCAGCGCGGGAUCACUCUGUUCGGCAAGUCGUGGUACAGCUCGAACUCGCUCCAACCGUGGGACCCGACAACGUUCACUCUCCCUCUGACCGUUGAGAGCGACUUUAUCCUUGAGCGGCCCAAGGCAACUGAAACACCGGCGCUGCAAGAGCUCGAUUACGGGGACGAUGGGCGUGACGACGAGCGGCCGAAGACCAAAACAGGGCAGGUUAAGCGGAAGAGCAUCAAGACAGGAUACAGCCUCGGCACGUACCAGACGCCCUCGCCACAAUGGAUGUGGUUGACACCAUGGAUGGCGAAUAUGCGGCUCGACACGGACCAGCAGGGGUGGCGGUACAACCUGUGGUUCCAUACGAGACAGUGGGUUCCGCAUCCAGGCCGGCUCAACUGGUGGGGUUGGGUGCGGCGGCGCGAGUGGGUGCGCCUGCGCGCACUUCUUCCGCCCGAGGUCGGGCCGAAGGAGGUGGACGAGGAGGAGGUCAAGGAGCCUGGGACGCUCGACGAGGUGCUCAAUUCCGACCAUCCAGUCGCCAACAUCGCGCGGAAUCUGGCGUCGCAAGCACUGGAUCGGGAGAAGCUCGCGCUGUGGGAGCGUUGGAUUAGCGAGGGAAGCGCGGCUGCCAGACACCGCAUCGCCGAACUAUUUGAGGACCAGGAGAAGCUUGUGUUUAUUGCGCGUGCCUUCCUCUAUCCCACGGCCAGGAAGGCGUUCUACGACAGCCUCGUACAGCGCGGCAUCGUGGAGAAGAAGGAGUGCAUGGAGUGCGCCCAGGACAACACAUACGUUAUUGAGUAG